AUGGAUGGGCUCGGCAAGAUCUUUCCGGAAGGUCACAGUAUCCUCACUCUCGACGAGGAUUUGUGCUUGAAUGGUAAGGUGGAUUUAAAGGAAAACACGCAAAUCCAAAAACUGGUUCUCGCUAUUCUUCGAGCCUAUAUCAAGAACCAGGAGGACUUCGGUACACCGUCAAGCAGGGCUCAGAGCUCUCGCUCGCCCACGGUCCAGCGCUACAGCACGCCGACACUCAAGGCUACUAGGAACCCUGAGGGCAAGUCCGCCUCGGUGCGAAAACAGACGGCGUUCGCGAGGCCAGCGGCGCGCUACGGUGGUGCUUCUGAUUUCACGAUCAGAGAAAGAGCUCGUGCAGCUUUCGCGGGUAUGCACCGGUCUUUAACACUACCUAUCCACAUAAGAAAGACCAUGAUAUCGCUCCGCAUCAGCCAAGCUGCCUGGGUGAUGCUGCUGCAUCACUGCGAGAACUUCUGCGGCACCAGUUUGAAAUACGUCGCCUUGAGUCAUCGCAGUAGCCUCCAGUGUCCUGAUCUGUCUUUCCUGAGCACGAAUGAACACUAUUUGCGCUACGAGGCCCAGGUCUGCCUCUUGAAUCUGAUGUUCAAGCAGUUGUUUCUGUUGGAGAAGAAGCAAGCGCUCUCUGCCUCCUUUUUCCGCUAG